UGCAUAGAAGUGGGCGACGGUCCUUGUGUGUGCUACUGCAUUUUCGCAGGAAAAACGUACUCGGGGAUUGACAACUGUCAAGGUGAUAAUUUCAUUUCUUAGAAGCACACGUCUCUACUUAUUUGUGCUCUACUUUUGGCCGCGCAGUUGGACUUCUCCACAACGGCCACCUUGGGAACAGUUAAGAAAGUGAUCGUUCCAGAAAAGUGGCCGUUAUCAGUGUUGUAGAAAUUACGGUUAAAAAAAAAAAAAAGUCGAUGUAUGGUCCGUCCGCCGAAACAGGUUGCCGUUAUAGAGAAGUGGCCGUUGUGGAGAGUUGGCCGUUAGUAGGAGCUUUGACUGUAUGUGUUUGUUUGUGUGGGUUUUUAAAAAAUUACACGAAUUGAAAAUGAAACCAGGGGAAUAACAUAGUUGUAGAAAAUGUGAUGUGGAAGAAGAAAGAUGAUUUUUAGAAGAUUUUUUGGUUAUUCAGAUUGCGCCCUGGCUUGUAUUCUGUUGAACUUGAAUAAUUGCUGUCAUAAAGGGAAUAAGCCUGAAAAAAGAAACGUAUGGAUUUAUUUAAAUAAAAGGAGUCAAAUUUUGCAUAAUUCUUAGAUAUUUCUGUAGUGAUAUCAAACGAGAUCAUCAUUCAGUUGUUCGUUCUAGGUACAACCACAAUCUAUACAGUAAAGAUACAAAUCGAUGCUUGAAGAAUAGCUGCGCUGAAAACAUAGAAUUUGCAUUUUCUCUCAAAAUAUGUAUGUCUUUUGCACGUAGUUUUCGUCAAGUUCUAGGUUCCCGAGGCUGUCAACUGUUUGGUUAAAAUAACAGAAGCUUAUAAAAAUUGCAUUGCUUUACCAUUCCAAUGUCAUCUUCAGAUAUAGGAGGUGACAUUCUGCCAGAUGCAUAUAUAUACCAGGCCAAUAAAAAGUUAUUCAACCCGGAUGUCAUAAAACAAGACGAAGAAAGGAUGUUCCAGGCGACCGUAAAAAAUGGGGGAAAUGUGUCAGCGCAAGUUUCCUUCAAUUGGUUCGUAAGAGAUGUGCAAGGUUCACCGCGCACAAUUUCACAGAAUCGAACCCUCGUUGAAGGAAACUCCUCUACCUGGAUUUGCAGCGGUGAAUUAUUGUCUAGGGGCCUUAAAUUGCUUGAGCUCGAAGUCUCACUUUUCAGUAUAACUACAGCACGAAGAGACUUUGGGUUCAUAAAAGUGGAGGAACCAGAUCUUGUGGCUAUGAUUGCUAGUGGAUACGAAAGCCUUCGUUCUUCAAAAUACCCGAUGCUCUUCAAUGGAUCGGGCUCUCAUGAUUGGAAAGGUAGCAAUACUGGCAUGGAGUUCGUUUGGAUUUGUCUUGAUGGAGGGAAACUUCCCCGUGUUUUCAAAGACAUAAAUGAAGUAACAGAUCCUUCCAAAGAGGCCAAGGAACGCAAAACGACAUGUCGAACCCAAGUAGGUUUUCAAACAAAUGGAAGUACUGCCUGCUUGAUGCAUCCCUCGAAGAAACAUGUUUACUACAUCAAACUGCUUGUAAGAAGAGAUCAUCGGCGUCGAGGCAACUUUACAGCUGAUUUUAUGCAGACCGUGUAUGCCGUAAAUGAAGAUGCAAUAACAGUCGACAUCAGGUGAACAAGAUCCAUUGAUUUAUUAAAAGAUUCAGUAGAGACUUUGACCAGGCAUUAAGUUUCGUUUUUACAACAUCAUAAAUCAAACUGUUUAUUUUUCAUUGAGUGGGAAUAAAGAAAGACCAAUUAUAUUUAUUAAUCAAAAUGCCCUAAUUUAUUCGUCAACAUACGCGUAUGGCUGGAAUUCAGUGGUCAACAUAAUGUGACAUUGCCGUUUCAGCCGUCAGCACCAUUGAUGCGUGUGACAUGCGCAGUAAACUACGAAAGGUCCAAUCUAAAAAAAGAAAGAACUUAGAGAAAUGACUGGAGCCAAGCGAGUUGUCACAAAUUCCUGAAGUCAUUUCAAUCAACCUCAUAUAUGUUUUUCGUUUUCUGCAGAUGCAAAUAUAACUGCAAACUGAAGGUCGUAUCCAGCCAUCGAUUUGCCUUAGAAGCCAAAGCCAUUGGUCUUUCUCUCCAUCUUCCAAACAUCAGCUACACUUGGAAAUUGUACAGAAAAGGACCGGAAAGUAAUGCCUCCAUCACAGUGUGGCACCUUAACAAAACCUUGAAUUCUCUCACCGCCACAAAGACAACAAAGAAGAACAUUGUUUUCGCUAAGGACAAACUCCACGAAAGCUCAUCCUAUCGGCUGACUUUAGAUGUAAAAUUACCAAAUGGGACGAGCGGUUGGGCCGCCUACAUAUUCGAAACAGCCUCCAAGCCCUCUGGUGGAGCAUGCAGCGGCACCCAACUGGAGAGAGCAGCUUUAGGGGUUAUUCUGAAUGUCUCGUGUACGGGUUGGAGAGAUGAUCAUGAACCACUCAUUUACGAGUUCUACUAUGUUCAUAGGGAGGAAGACGAAACACCGCCCCACAUGCUAUCGCAUGGAGCUAUGCCAUAUAGUGAAGUUCAGUUGCCUGAGUUUAUUUCAGGUGAAACUGAAAUAAAGGCAAUCAUAAUAAACACAGUAGGAGCUCGAACCGAGGUUGACUUCACAGUGAAAGUAAGCUCUUAUUAUAUUAUCAUCAUUAUACCACCAUCAUCAUCAUCAUCAUCAUCAUCAGCUAUAACCAUUCAUAAAGGAUUGCUUAGCGGGAUUGACUGCAGCACUACAUUAUCCUUGGUUUAAGUUCAUUGUUAAAUAAAAAUUGAACCAAGGAUAAAAUUGUACCAAAGCAUCAACACUAGUUAUUGUGUUACUUAAUUCUAAAAUUAAUCCUACGCCUUUGCGUAUAAAUAUCCAUGAUAUACACAUUUUAGAUACACUUCUCUCCACGUAAGGGGAUAGAAGGCCAUUUUGUAUUCUGGAUUCCAUGCAAUGGAUUCCGGGCUCCAGGCACUGGAUUCCGGAUUCUUGGCUAGUGGAACUUGGAUUCCGAAUUCCAAGGGUUGGGAUUCCUCAAGCUGUAGUCCGGAUUCCAUAGAACAGGAUUUCGGAUUCCACCAGCAAAAAUUUCCCGGAUUCCGAAUUCCGUGAGGCGAUACACUCUCGUCAUUUUCUUAUUUUGCCUUGGAUAUUCUGCAUCGUGCUACAUUGUGCACUGUAGAAAACAGCUAAAUAGCUUGGUUUGGUUUCUAUUAUGCAGGUUGUGCAACCAUCAUUUUGGGAUGAAACGGACCAUGUAUAUAAAAUGUUUGAGGAGACAGAAGCUUUGUUUGACAACUACCUUGACAAUGGAAAACCUUAUGGAGCGUGGCAAGUGGUACAUUCCUUAUUGGAGUUUGUUGAAUUAUAUAUCGACGAGCCACAAAUGGCAUGGUUGACAAAUGAUCAUGUUAAAAAUGUAUGUCAUCGUCAGUAUUUGUACCUUUUGUUUCUAGUUCUUGUUAAAACACAGUGAAACUUUGUUAUUACGGGCACCAAAGCACAUGAGAAUUUGAUCAUGUAAAAGAGAGUUAGACAGAUAGGAAAUGGUGGUCAUAUACAGAGGCUGAACGCCUAAAAAGGGACUUUCCCAUGACCCUCCAUUAGAAGAACCUAAAAAUUUAGUGCCAGUGCCAACCGCGUUCAUCUUAGGGAGAGUUGCAACAGAUGGAGAGCAUCGAUAAGCCAGUUCGACAAGGUGCAUCUGAUAGUCUGGGUGGAUGUAGUCUUGAAUAACAGGGCUGUUGUUGACAGUGACUGACAUUUUGUUAUAUGAGUCGUCACAUUUGUAACCUUCAUAGCCAAUAACAUCACGGCUUAAUUGACAGGCAAUCACUAACACUACGACCUAUAUUAUUAACUGAUUAGUCAGGUCAUUAUGACGAACAAUCGUCUUAUUAAGGACUACACUCGCCUGGAUGACCAUUUUCGACCUUUGUGAUCCCUUGGUGGAAACAAUUUCUGAAUCCGCCACUGAAGUGUGAUCCCCGCUUUAUCGUAGAACCAGCCAUUCAGUGACUGUGGGGGGUCUGACCUUGACAACUGCGAACUCAUCUUCGCACCCUUCUCUGCCGGUUUCGUCGAUCAACCAAUUUGUUUUGCUCAGGACCUUGUUUAAUGCCCGUUGUUUUUCUAUAUACGCUUUGCAGCUCAAACAACAUAUAAUAAAAAGGCUAUUUUCCAUAAAAGCCACAAACCUGCAGACGGUUCUUCAGCUUUUGUCGGUUUUGAAGGAGGCCACUGCAUUUUCAGACGUAGGAGUUUCUCCAGAGAGCAUGGUAAUUUUCCUCUAACAAGUGCACUUUAAAAGUGUAGUCGGCUUUUGCUUUCUGAACGAGAGGUGCAAAGUGGGACCAGAGAGGUUAGACUGGAACUCUGGUAACUAUUAAACCUUGCACUGCUAAGGGUGGCCAAACAAAAAAAGUUACACAGAAUUUCAAAAUUUCAUUAUAUAGAAUGCUAAGGAACAAAUAAUGGCGUGUGAAAGUACUGCCGAAGAGGUUUCAUUUGAAUCGUCACACUACAGAAUUUUCCACACAAUCUCAAAAGUUAGAACUACAUACUGGAUAAAUAACACCAUAUGAAAGUCAUACUGAAGAGAUUUCAUUUGAAAGGUCACACCAUAGGAUUUCGUUCACACACUCAAAAGUUAGAACUAUAAACUACAUAGACAGCACCAUGUGAAAGUACUACUGAGGAGGUUUCAUUUGAAUGGUGCAUCACGGAGGUUUGUUCACAGUAUCAAAAUUUGAGCAUUCGCACACCUUGCGAUAUUGAAACGCACAUUCCUUAUUUCCAUGAAUUCCCUUUUAAUUUCAGAGAACUGCAUUACGCUCUCUCAAUAAGUGGGCAUCUGUUGCGAAAACAAGAGUAAAAAUGGAGGCAGCAAAGGACCUGGGUCUCGUCAGGGACUCAUGGAGGAUGUUACUGCAUUGCUCAGGGAACAUUCUUCAAGCAACAACACAAGUAGACACGCUUAACGUUACUGAGAGAGAGGAGGUGAGACGCCUCGAGAAAGUUUGAUGCAAUAACAUUUAAGAUAAGAUUGCAAAUAGACGACAAAGACCUUCUUUUUGAAAAGGUUUUGAAAAGGUGCAAACUACGUCAGGGUUUUUUUGAACUGUUACAAUUAACCUAAUUCAGACCGGGUUUUUUUUCCUUCCUGCGAACCCCCCCCCCUUCCCCCCUUACUCCUAUAUAACUUCAAAACUGCUCACGCCACGGCAAAAUUACACGGAACAAUGUGCUCAUCAUUUUCACCUCGUGGGCACAACUUGAUUGACACAAUGAGGCAAUCUGACGUUAUUAUGACGUCAUAUGGUUGAAUUUUGUAGUCAGAAUCCAAAUUUCCCUCAAAAUAGACAAGAAAAGAAAAAAAUGAUAUAUUAAGUUUAAUAUAAUAAUUCCAUUGGUAAAAAUAUAUUUAAACCUUUUUUAAAAAAUUGCAAAUUUUGUAAAGAUAGCCGCCAACACUCAGCUGCCAUGGCAACGUCAAUGUUGACGUUCAUAUCACGACGACUUUAAAACGUUCCCAGAUAAUUUUUGGGAAAAAUCGGUAAGUUUGGUGCUCAUAGCUUGAACGGCUGUGAAGGUAUUCAACCUUUUCGUGAGUGGAAGCGGAGGAGGGAGGGCGGUUGGGGUGCUCCAGGGUCUGAAUAAGGUUAAAAGUAUUCAUACUUGAUAGCGCCAAUAUAUCCGUUCACACAAUGGCCUAGAAGGAUAAAUCAGCGUCUAUGGGAUACACUAGGACACGUUAUAACUGCAGACCUGUAAUUCGUUCACAUCACGAUUAGUUGUGAUAAAUUACGGGGCAAAUUAUCCUUCGUCCUAGUUGUUUCUCUGCUUUUUAAAGAAAAAAGCAUUGCCAAUGGAAUCAGCCGACGAAGGAUAUUUCGUCUCAUUGCUUUCUUGCAGAUGAAAAAGCUUUCGAGAAGUGCUUUGAUGCUGAAUGAAAAAAUCUCUGACGCUGAAAUCUCGACGAAACUUCCAGGCGAGAAACACAGCUCUAUGAGAACACUCCAUAAAGAUGUAUUCGUUGGAGUUCACGACGCAACUGACGUUAGCCUUUGGGAUUUUGAGGAAGAUGAAACUAGCGUGACAUUCCCAUAUCUUAGUAAAAGCAUGAGCCAAGAAAUUUUUGGCGAUGUACAGCAAGUUUCUUUUCAAGUAAGGGUGCAUGUGCUAGUGCGUGGUUAUAUACUAAAAACAAAUUUACCACGCAGCAAAGAGAUUUCAUUGCAUGAGGCAGACUGGCAGAGCGGUUACAGGCUCUGCGUCCGAGUCCCAUCCUGACCGCUAGCUGGACUUGUUCUCGGUACUCCCGAGUUCAAAUCCUCGACCACGCUGGUAAAUAGCUAACUCUGGUUUGCCUCCGGCCAGUUGAGAUUCUUAAACCCUUUAUGUAAAACAUAUUUCCUUGAUUGUCUGAGUGUGAAAGGGUUCUCUUAUGCUCACUGCAGCGCUCACAAUUUGAAAAGUCAAACUAGACAAAAAAUGAAAGCCAAAGCUCACCUGAGAUGCAGCUCCUGUAAGCCUAUUGUCAGGACAAGAAGAAAGCAUCACCCCAUUUUCAUUUUUCGUUUUGUUUUAGAUUAUAAACUACAAAAUGAACCCCUACGCUGUGCACCGGUUUGACGAUGACAUCAAUUCUCAAGUGGUGAGCCUAGUAUUAAAGGACGAAGCCGGUAAAGUCAUUAAAGUCUCAAAUUUGCAUGAAAACAUCUCGCUGACAGUCCCAUUGAAAAGGCUUCCAAAUAAAACAACGACCCCUGUGGAAACCUACACAGUUCCAGAUGUUAUGAUGUACAGAGUGGUGACUACAGAUCAUGAAAGUACAUCUCUAAGAAUCUUGCUAACACUACACAGGCAAGCGCUAAUGGAAGUUUAUGUCAAGUACGGCGGCAGGCCAACGAAGACGAAUUACGAUCAUGCUACAAUUUUGCAAAAAGAAACUUGCCAAAACGACCUACAGUUUUGUAAUGUGAGCCACUACUUCUGGUUUAAUGCUGAAAGACCGGGACAAUACUUCAUCGGUCUUGUUCAAAAGCUGGAAGAGGAGAGUCCCACCUCGCCGCUGAAUUCCGUUACGAACGGUGUACCAUUUAAGAACUUAAGAAGGAGGCGAGUUGCCAGAUCUCUCGAAAAAAUGAAAGACUCCUAUAAAAAUCAAUGUGUGAGGUUCAAGGAAGCGCCGAAAGAGCAUCCAAUGGUUGAAAACAGCACGGGUUCCUUGCCUCAAUACGAUCCUGAAAAGUCUGUUAACUUUACCUUGGAAGUAGACGCGGCAAGGUGUCUUUACUGGUCUGAAGACAAAGAACUGUGGAUGAGUGAAGGCUGUAAAGUAAGUAUGGUAGUUAACGCAACGCCGACUUAGUUGUAGUAUUUCCCAAACCAUAGCGGAGACCAUAAAACACUAUUACCAUAUGAGUUUUUUAUUAUUAUUAUUUAUUGUUUUUAUUGUUUUUUUUUCCUUUUUACCUAAAGCUUUUGCAGCCGUGACAUCAUUUCAGCUACCUUUGCUUGAUAAUAAAUCACCAAAUAGAAAGCUGACUAACCUCUCGUCCAAUACUGCCGCAUUGGUACGGACCGUUAAGAGCAGUUGACGGAUCGUACGCUCCGUACAAACCGUCAGCAUUGCUGACAGUCAAUAUUCUGAUUACACUCAAAGGCUGCAUCUCACUAUUACACCAGGGAACAGUGUGUUUGUGCAGGAUCUGUACGGAUCGUGCGAGCAUAUUGGACAACCCUCAGAAAACUUAAGUAAUUUAACGCGGAGCAUGUUAAACUACAACGCCCAUCUGUGUGUCAUUAUUAGUAAAUUCGUUUCGUUCGUUUUCACACCAGACUACCCUUUUUAAAAUGUCCUACCAAAGGACUCUUCUAAAAAUCCCAGAUUACACUGUUUCGUAUACUUUUCAUUUUUUUUUAAAUGCAACAGGCUGGCAAGAAUUCUACUCCAACUGUAAUACAAUGCCUUUGCAAUCACUUCACUUCGUUUGGGGGCUCGUUCCUGGUGCAACCAAACAAAAUGGACUUCUCUCAAGUUCAAGUGGGUUUUCGAACAAUUAACGAUCUUUACGAUGUCUUGGUCCUUGUGUCAGUACUGCUCGUAUUUCUUGUUUACUCGAUCUCAUUAAUCUUUGCAAGAAGAGCUGACAAAAGGGACUUAGAAAAGGUAAACUUAGAAGAUAAUUGGAGAACGUAAUUUGAAAUGCGUUUUGUGAGGCCUAUACACAUCUUUGCUUUCAUUUAUCUUUAAAACAAGUUUGCAAACUUCAAUUACAAUGAGUUGCAAAGAAGAUUUAGGCACUUGAACUCUUAGCCAAAAAUGGUCUUCCGUCUAUAUCAGACUUCGCAAGAUUCUUGCCCUCUUCCAAAGUUUAAAAGAUUCCAAGAUCUUAUGCAACACUUUCGGUGACACCUUUCAAGAAGAAAUUUCUUGUACUUGUAAGAAUUUUUUCUCUGCGGUGCUCAGAAAUGUGAAAACCGAAACUCUUGCAAAAGUGUCUCAACUAUUCUUCAGCUGGUUGUAACCUAUAAAGCAAGGCCGAACUCCUUUAUUACCACAUUCGCAAGUAGUCCUGUGCCACCACCGUACUACAAGGCCGGAGGUGCAGUAACCCCUUCAAGUUGUGUCUUCCUGAUCAAUACCCUUAUGUCACUAAUUAUUACUCAAUUUUCUUUUUAGAUAAGCGCAGUUAUAUCCAUGCCCUCAACCGAAGACGCUGUUCAUCGAUAUAGCGUCUCCGUAACUACCGGAGCGUGGGCAAACUCCGGGACUUCGGCAAAUGUUUCCAUGAUCUUGCAAGGCAUUGAAUCUUCCAGCGGCGUCAUUGAGUUAAAAACCGACCAACAAGAAAGCGAGAGUACUUUUAGUCGAGGUAACAUUGACAACUUUUUUCUUGCUGUUGAUAAGCAGCUUGGACAUUUACAGAAAAUCCGUAUUGGCCAUGACAGUUCUGGAGAGUGCCCCUCUUGGUUUCUGAACAGCAUUUCCAUAACGGAAAUCGAAACAAACUCUAGAUGGAUUUUCCCUUGCUAUCGUUGGCUUGCCUUAGAGAAAGACGAUGGAAACACAACAUUAGAACUCUUUGCCCUGAACGCAAAAAAGGGUCGUGACUUCAAAAGCGAGUUUAACAAUGCUAGGCUAUGUGGCCUUGCAAACGACCACCUUUGGUUCUCUGUUGCUACUAAAGAGCCUAGGGAUACGUUUACUCGUGUGCAACGAGUGACUUGCUGUUGGUUUUUUCUGCUCUUGGGAAUGCUAACGUCUAUAAUGUUUUACAUUGGGGAUACUGAUACAACGCAAACUAUAAAUGUGGGUCCUUUAAGGAUGACUGAAAGAGAAUUUCAAGUUUCUGUUUUCAGUGCUUUAAUUUCCUUUCCUCCAAGCUUCCUCGUUGUGUUCAUGUUUAGUAAGAGUCGACGUUCAAGAACGCGUAUUACUAAUGGCACUGGCGCUGCUUAUGAAGAAAAUGAAAAGUUCGUGCUCCCCAAUUUCUUUGUCUACAUUGCUUGGUUUGUCUGUGUCGUCGGUUCAUUGCUAGCUGGGACUUUCAUCAUUCUCUAUUCGUUACAGAUGGAAGGAAAAACUUCAGCACGUUGGCUGUCUUCAGUCUUCUUGAGUACCAUUGAAGACGUUUUUGUUACCCAACCAGUGAAAAUUGUCAUUCUUUCUGUUCUUCUGGCUUUGCGACUCGCAGGUAGAGGAAAGCAAAGAGAGAACCAUGAAGAACCAAAUAAGGUCGAAUGUGGUGACUCCCAAGUAUUGUUCACUAUGCCUGAGGACGAAGUAGAGCGUAAACGGAAAUACAGGGUUACCGAGAGAAAGACCAAGAUAUUUAUGAGAGACAUAGCGUUUUCGUGUAUCUUCAUAACUCUCCUCAUGUUUGUAUGCUAUGGUGACAAAAAUGAGAACCGAUAUCGCAUGGCUAAAUCCACAAAGAAUGUUUUUGUUAAACUUGAUAAGGUAAGAGAAGCCGCUUCUUGAACAAUAUCAUCUUACUUACGGGCCCAUACAAAUAACGCUCAAGUCAGUUAAGUUGGAUUGGAGCCUUUUAUGAUGCGAGAGAUGAUUUGCCAAAUCAACCUUGCCUAGUUCCUGUACGGCGUUUUCCCAGGUCCUCUCGGUCAAUUCUCUUCGGUGACGUAUCCGAGACGGUUGGACCAUGUGACCCGAAAGGCUUUGGCUGCGCGGAAUAAUGAGGCCUAGCGACUAGGCAACAAUCAACCUAUUCUCGAGGUAAUCUUAUGAUCCAUGGUGCUGACUAAAGAAUAAAAAUAGCAUCUCUAAGAAGCAAUCUCCUCGCCAGAGGUUGCGGUCCUUUUUGUCAGCACCAAGGCUCAUGUAAUUACCUCGAUAAUGGGUUGAUUGGUCUUCCUUUUCGUGCAUGUGUCCAUUUUCUUGCUGGGUGUGCCAAGACCAUGUGGCUGACGUGAAAGGCUGCUAAAAGUAAGAAACACAUUGCGUUCAUGUAUGCAUGAGUAUUCGCGCUUGAAGGGCUAGGGAAUAUGCCUAAGCGUCGUUUCAAUGACGUUUCCAAGUCUGCCUAGGCAGAUGGAUCCAUCCCCUUACCUCCAAGCAAGUGUUGAACAACUUAUUGCUGUUGCGUUGUAUUAAGAUAAAUGCGAUAAAAACCUUUCUUGCACAGAUGCAUGGAACUGCCACUCUUGUUUGCAUCUUAGAUUUCACGCAGUUCAUGUGUUCAUGCACUCACGGGUAUUUCCUACCACCCAACGGUACCAAAACCACAAGCCUUGAGAGUAAAGAAAGAAGUAGGCAGUGAACUUGAGCUAUACUCAUUGGGACGAUUAAGAUGUGUACACCGGCAUAGUACCACUAAUUAACAAUGUUGAUAACUACUUGUGAGGUGUUAUGCAUUGAUGGAUGGUCUGCUAAAGUUCUGUCAAACCCAACCUCUUUUGUAGAUAAGGGACAAACCUCACUUAUGGAAAUGGUUUGAAGAUGUGUUGAUUCCAGCAACCUUUGCAAGCGAGUGGUAUAAUGGACAGAAAGAAACAAUAACAGAGUAUGUUGGAAACAAACGGUCUAUACUGAUCGGCAUGCCACGUUUGAGACAACUAAGAGUAUUAAAAGGUAGGUACAAAUUGAUUCACUUAUCUUGACACUUAUCGGCAACAACAAGCAACCUUCCACCUUUGGGGCGUAAAAUGGGGGAGGAGGCACCAGAUGCUUGUCGUCUCGCGUAGGGGAAGAAAUUGUCAGAAAACAGCCGACAUUUUGCGCCGUCCCCACGAAAUAAUGUCUCGGAAACGAGCGCAGAAAUUUUAUGCUGAUGACGUGUCACCACCCAUAUCUGGGCAGUCCCUCUGAUUGGUUGAAGCAACUUUCUCAUCGACCAUCAGAAUCACUACCCAGUUCUGGGUGGUGACACUUCAUCAGUGUGGAGUUUCUGCACUUUAAUACUACUUUUAAAUCAUUGUCAAUUAAUGAUAAUGACCCUGACAUAUUAACAGCCGCUGAUUUAAGCUAAUCUGAUUCCGAUUAACCAUGUAAAAAUGCUUGCUCAGAUCAAUACUUUCUUUUUAUGUAGAUUCCUGUGUUGUUCCUUACGAGUUUGCUGAUUCCAUUCCAUCCUGUUACGAUUUUUACGACGAGAGUAACGAAGACAAAAUGGGUUGGAACGAACUAUUGAAUAACUCCUUGUUAGACUUGACUAACAUUGCCUGCACAGAAAACUGGAAAUAUAGGACUGAAGAGGAGCUAGGUGCCCACCAAGGUCUAGGACAGCACGCUCUUUAUAGUGGUGGCGGUUACGCUGCGAAUUUAGGAUAUGAUAGCAAAACUGCCUCCGCGGUUCUAAAAGAUCUGCAUUCCAACGGAUGGAUAGAUCGUCAAACCAGAGUUGUAAUAGUCGAGCUUUUUAUGUUCAACGUACCCUUUGAAUUAUUAGCGAAGGUGAUUAUAUAUUUUGAGAUGCUUCCAUCGGGCUUUUUAGGAGCAUCAAUUGAUAUCCAGGUCAUGCCAUUAUUUAAAAAGAAUCCUGCAUCUGUCGGCGCCUAUCAAGUCGUUUUUCUUGUUUUUGCCUUUGUUCUUGGUUAUUAUCUGGUGAGUGAAUGCAUCAGGGUUUAUAGGCUAAAGUGGUCAUACCUUGCAUCAAUAUGGAACUGGCUUGAAGUGAUUCAAGUUAUAAGCGCAACACUAGUCAUGGCAUUUUUUAUCGUAAGAGAAAUAAAGAUACUAAGACUUCUGCGGAAAGUCAAGGCUAAUCCGUUCGCUUUCAUGAGUUUUGAUGAUGCGUUAUUCUGGUUCCAGAUUGAAGAGUACAUGAUCUGUAUCGCAGUUACCGUUGCCGCUCUCAGACUCUUGAGACUUUUGAAGGUCAUCAGGCAUAUCAUAGAACUGUUUGUCACGAUGAAGAAGUCAUUGAAACCGGUCAUGAGCUUUUGUGUAGUAUACGCCAUCUUGAUCUUCGCAUAUGGACACACAGGGAUCCUUUUGUUUGGCAAAAACGUGUUCAUGUUUUCAUCAUUCAAGCGAGUAAUAAUGUAUCUUUUCCACUUGAGUCUUGGACGUCCACCACCUCGGUCGGAGUUAGAGCAGGUGAAUGCCGUAUUUGCCAGGCUGUAUUGUCAGUCUUUUAUUUUUCUUUUUAUGAUAAUUGCAAGCAACAUGUUCAUGGCAAUUUUAAAUGAGGCCCAAACUGAAUCCAGAAGUAUCGCCAAGGACAGCGACGAUAUAGAAGUGGCUAAUUCAUUACUAUUAAAAGUUUAUAUCUUUUUAGGCAUAGAAUGUGAGGAUUCUCCAUCUGAAAACAGGAGAGCUGAAAUAUCGGGAAAAGGUCCUAAACGAGAAAUUUUAUGUGCCCCCAAAAACCUCUGUGAAAACGAAGCCAAACAAGCGGCAAUUCCACUGAAAAGUAAAUCUGGGAGACCAAAUCUACGCAUGUCCAAACUGGUUUCUCCAGCAAGAGAUUCUAGCAAUAUAGUUGAUUAUGGCAUACCAUCUGUUUCACAAGGCUUAACUUACGUAAAAGGCAAUCCCUCAGAGGAAUUACAAGUACCACCAUUUGGACAUCACUCAGAAUCAAAUCCCCUGUGGGAAAAUGAGAGUCUCCAGGAAGCCGAAGUUCAAAAUGAGUUCCCAGGUACAUUUCAGUAUUCUGUGUACCCACCUGGUUCUACAUUAUCACUACCCUCUUGGAGCUCGGAUCAAGGUCAAAGGAAGUCGUCAGAACAUCUCCAAAGUUCUCUAUCACCGGACACAACUCAUAACAUAUCUACUAUUUCGUGCAAUUCAAUCAACGGGCAAGGGGAGACUCCAAAUGCCCGUCCAUCUUUCACUGUGUCACACAGGUCAAAGGCAUUGCCACCGUGUGACAUUUCAGGCGAUCGACGGAAUGAGCCAGAACCUCACUACAUUUCGGCUGCAGGCCGAAGCCAAGAACUUGCAGCUGCAUCGACUGUUUCAGUUCAAACAAAUGUCUCCAAUUCAAACAAAUUCAUAUAUUGUGAUCCAAUAGAAGGCGGAAGUGAUUUCCCCAACCUGAAGAGCAACACUGAUAGUACAGUGCACUUAGUUUGGGAGAAAAAUGUGAGACAUGUAAGAUUGGAUACAAUUAAGUGUCAAGUCGACCACACCCAUACUCCUUCACUCACAACUAGCGUUGGUUUCAGGGAAACAUUUGAUGACAAUAACGCUCUAGCAAGUUGUACCGUAAAAUCAGACGGAACGAUUACUCUAACAUCCAAAAUUCGAGGAGCGAAAAUGGUCGAUUUCGACAAAGUCAGCGAAUGGAUGAAAAAGGCAAAUGCCAGUGUUAAUAACAACACUGCCUCAACAGAGUGUUCGCGCUCCGCAAAGCAGAAAAGCACGUUUGGCAACUCUGCAGUUAUUGACUUUGAUGAAGUAAGUAAAUGGAUGAAAGGGAUGUCCACUAUUUCCACUGACGCUAUCCCCAGCGCUUUCACCUUGAGAAAAAAGAUGAAAAUGAUCGGGAAAAUAACGAAGUACUCAAGAAAAGAGAAAGAAAGUGAAAGAGUCCCAGUGACACUCAAAGACCGACUUAAGAAGCUUGACAGUUAUUUACAAGGUUUAGAUUUUUGGGAGUGA